AGCAGUACCCAACCAUUGCCCGUUUCGAGGAGAAGGAAAACGCUCCCCUCCUUCUUCCCCUCUUUCCCCUUCUCUUGCGUCCUUUCCGCAUUUAUGGCACCGCAGCCAAAGUGAAGGAGCUUCGUGAACUCGAUCCUUAUCCCUACCACUCUAUAUCUCUUCCUCAGUUCGUCCAAAGGGAACUUGCGAUCUCUCUCUCUCUCUCUCUCGUGGCAUUUACUCCCAUCUCCUUUACUCAUUUAAUGGCCGGGAAAGGAGGGAACUUUCCGAUUUCGAGCUAGCUACGCCCUGUUGCAGGUGGGAUCCCCGCCACUGAAGGCUUCGAGAUUCGCCCGCUUCCUCUCGCCUCGCCCCCCGUCUGCUUUAAAGGCGCCCCGGAGUUUGAGCUUAUGUUUCGUUCCUCCAUCCAGCCUUAAUUUUCUCCCUCCGGUCCUUUCACCGGCCUCUAUUGAUCGCAGAGAGAGAAAGCGAAGGGCGUCGUGUGACAAGUAAUGGGGAGGGCGCCUUGCUGCGACAAGUCCGGGCUAAAGAAAGGGCCGUGGACGCCGGAGGAGGACAAGAUCUUGGUCGACUACAUCCAGUCCCACGGCCACGGCAGCUGGCGCUCCCUCCCUAAGCUUGCAGGUCUGCUUCGGUGCGGGAAGAGCUGUCGGCUGCGGUGGACUAACUAUCUGAGGCCGGACAUCAAGCGUGGCCCCUUCACCCCAGAGGAGCAGAAGUCCAUCAUCCAACUCCACGCCAUUGUCGGCAACAAGUGGUCGACCAUAGCGGCUCAGCUACCGGGGCGGACGGACAACGAGAUCAAGAACUUUUGGAACACCCACCUCAAGAAACGCCUCCUCCGCAUGGGCCUCCUCCACCCGGACCCCUCCGACUCCUCGCCCGCCGCCGCCUCCUCCCGCCACAUGGCUCAGUGGGAGAGCGCCCGCCUCGAGGCCGAGGCCCGCCUGUCCCGCGAGUCCCUGUUCGCUCACUCCGCGUCCGCCGCCGCGGCCGCUGCGGUCACCAACCCCGCCGUCAACCUCCCGCCUCUCAAGCCCGAGCCCGACUUCUUCCUCAGGAUCUGGAACUCCGAGAUCGGCGACGCGUUCCGGAAGACCGCGGCCUCCGCCACCGACGAGUCGUCUCCGGAGUCGUCCUUCACGCGACAGAGCUCCGCCGCGGCAGUGAAGACGGAGCCGCCGCCUACGGCGAGGGAGGAGACGGAGAGCAAGAGCUGCGUCACGGGCGGCGGGCCGCCGGUGGUGGCUGGAAUGGACGACUCCUCGGGAUCCAACGAGGUGGUGGACGACGUGUCGGAGGAGUCGUACCAGCUCUAUCUGGACUUCGGCAGCGGCGACGACGAUCUGGGCCUGUUCGGCGGCCAGGUUGGAGCCUUCUCUUCCCUCUUCUCCAGCGAUCUCAACGUGGAGACGUCCCUCGACACCGCGUUCAAGUGAAUGCUAUGCUAUCUUCUCGACUGUUAAACGAGCGCUAACUAUGGAGCUUACGCAGCCACUAGAUAUAAUAUAUGUUCUUAGAUAAUCUUCUUGGUACGUACAACGUGAAUGAACUGUGGGUUCCCUCAUCUUUCUUCACGCACGUUUUCUGGCAUACUUAUGAGAUGACAUGAUUAAAUGGAAGGUUUUGUAAUUACUGA